UGUAUUUACGUUAUAUUGCCCUCCAUGAGAUAAAAUGGCGGACACAGCACAGCAAUCUACCUUAAGGCAAGCAAUUAAACGAUCAGCGUCUGAAAGAGACGAUGAAAAUGACAAUAUUUCGUCGACACAAGAAGCACUACGAACCAGACAAUCCAUGAAAAGUGCCGUGAAUGCACUGAGGAAGUAUUUGACUGAACAAGGGCUUGCGCCAACUUUCGAAGAGUACAAUUCCAAGCUGUUGGAUUACACACUUGCUAAAUUUUAUACCGAGGCAAGACAAGAGAACGGUGAAUUAUACAGAAAAACUAGUUUAUAUGCUCUUCGAAGUGGCAUUAGUAGACAUAUGUUAAAUCAUAAUGUUGACAUCGUAAACGGAGAUAAUUUCAAAGAAUCGAAAGCAGUUUUUAAAGCCGUUUGUGCAGGUUUGAAAACCCUGGGAAUGGAUACCGUUGAUCAUGUACCGUGCAUUUCAGAUGCAGAUUUACAAAAAUUGUACAACUAUUUUGAUGUAAAUGACAGUACAGGUUUACAGGAGAAAGUUUUUGUUGACCUCAUGUUGUAUCUUUUGAAAAAUAAAAAGAACAGAGGUCGUUACGAAUUCCGGAAUAUGAAAAUAUCUGAAUUUGGUAUAGGAACCGAUGCAACUAAUACUAAUAAGAAAGGUCUUGGUUUUGUUCACAUGGUUUCAGAUGGUUUAAGUCUGGACAAUGGUGCAGAUAAUGUUAUGUAUGAAAGACCUGGUGAUGAAUUUUGUCCAUACAAAAGUUUUGUGUCAUAUAUUGACAAACUUGAUGGAUCAUGUGACACCCUGUUUCAGAGACCUAUCAGAGAUGGUAAAUCCACGAAAAGUGGUAAAUGGUAUGAUGGUAACCCAGUUGGACAUAAUGCGCUUGGUACCUUGAUGCAGACUAUCAGUGAAAAAGCAGAAUUAUCCAGACGGUAUACCAAUAGUUCUCUGAAUAUUACGUCCACAUACCUGUUAGAUUCAGGCGAGAUUAAGAAUUUCACAAUGAUAAAAAAUAAACCGAUGGAGACAGAUCAAGAUAUUUUUAAAGAUAUUAAAAUUGAACGUGAUGAUGGCGAUGAAGUUUGUGAUCUAGGUUUAUAUAUUCCUGUUGAAACCUUUCCGUCAUCAACCAACACCAAAGCUACAGAUGAAAAUACCAAUGCUAACCAUCUUAAUGCUGACUUAAAGAAACUUGUAAGAAUGUAUGUGAAGGAGGUUAUGGAAUCUCAUAAAAUGGAAAUGCUAAAUUUUAUUAAGGAUGACAUUCUUGAAGAACUGGACAAAUGGAAAAAAGAAAUUCAAGAUUUGAAAAAAGAAAUAAGUAAUCUAUCAAAAAAUCCAGAUUGCUCAAAUACAAAUCCUGCUCCACCUUCAGACAAUAAUGAGAUUGAUUCACACUCUACGCCGCCAUCAACAAGUGGUCUCGUUAUUUCCAAAGUUACCAGUCUGAGCAAAUCAAUCAAAUCUGAGCCUGAAUCAGAUUCUACAGACAGUAAGACUUGGGAUCAAGUAACUAACGACUGUGCUGAUCAUAAUAAUAUCUCUAAGAAGACCAUAUUGGUUACCGCUGGAAGAUCCGAUAGUAUCCCAAGUAAUAUAUCAAAUACACGUGUCAUGCUCACUACUUCUACCUCACAAAGAAAUAAAUCAACUUCGGACACCAGUCCCCCAAAUAAAAUGCCACGAUUUGAUACUUAUUCGAAAAAUGAUUCUUUAAGAACAGCUCUAGAAGGUCUACAAAAAUUGAAAGCAGAUAUGCAAAAGGAGGACCAAACAAAUACUGUUCAGAAUAUUCAACAGUGUAAUACUCUACCGCAAAAUAUCCAGUUUAAUACAAUACCGCAUAAUGUGCAACAAUUUAAUUUAGUUCCGCAAAAUAUUCUAUCUAAUGCUACGGCAUCUAAUGUGACUAAAGAUGCCGUUCAGAAACAAACCAUUCCAUCAGGGAGUGCAGCAUCAUCUUUACAGAAUAUAUCAAACUUUGGUAGCAUACUCUUAUCUCCACAACAAUUGAAUACAUUUCAACAGACCAGAAUGCCAGUUUCUAUCUUUAAGCCAAACAUGAUUUCGUCAUCUCAAGUAUCCUAUCCUUUAGGACAAGCUAUGAUUCCUCCAGGAGCUUCUAUAAUCUUGAGAGAUGGACAAACUGUUAAUCUUUUACAAUCGGGUACCAAGUCAGUUACGCCUCUGACUGCUUCUAGUAAACUAAGUCGGAUAUGUCAGCAGGCUGUUGUUACUGGUGCUAAAUCCACACCUUCAGCAGCGCAACAAUCACCAACCUUGAAAGCACAACCAGUAAAUAAUCAAACAAACUCUUUGCAAGCAGAUCAACUUAACACAGUGUCAGCUAAUCAACCCAAAACAAUGUUGAGAAAUCCACCAGUGGUAUUAAUCACCAAAAAUACACCAACAACAGAACAGCCAUCAUCACCAUCAAUAGUUAAGCAAUCGCCAUCAACAGUUAAACAAUCACCAUCAACAGUUAAGCAAUCGCCAUCAACAGUUAAGCAAUUAAAAUCAUCAGUAACUGAGAAAUCUACACCGGUAGUCAUAGCAACAGGGUCAUCCGCAGCUGAACAACCAACAUCAGAACCAGUUAUAGUUAUUCCAUCAGAAGAUUUUCCUUCUAAAUCUACUAGUAAAAACAUCAAUAGCAGUAAAAAAGUUGUUAAAUCUUCCACCACUGUAUCUAAUGAUGAUGAUGAUGUACAUGAAGUAGUUGAUCUGAUAAAGCAUCCAGCUCCUCUACCUGCUGCUCCACCAUUUUCAGCUAAUGAUGCUCAAGGUCAGCGAAGAAAAUUUCAAGGAAUGCUUCCCCCAAAACCUAUUUUGAAGAUAUCAUAUAAUAAUAAAGGUAUUGUUUUAUCCUGGAACUUCACACGUAACUUAAUGUUAUAUUCAGAAAUAGAAUCGUACCAGCUUUAUUCUUAUCAAGAAGGUGAUCGUUCACCUGAUACAGACUUGUGGACAUUGGCCGGUGAAUUGAAAGCCUUACCACUACCUAUGGCAUGUACACUAUCACAUUUUCAACAAGGAUAUAAAUAUCAUUUUGCUGUUCGAGCUAUUGAUGUGUAUAAACGAUAUUGUGCAUUCAGUGAGACUGUUUCCAUCCUAUUACCAUCAAAUAAAUGAACUUAUCUAUAGCAUGUCAUACAGAUACUUAGAACUGCAGAUCAGUGAAUAUCUGUAACACACGCAAACUUACUUGAUGUCAUACUGAUAUUUGGUGACAUUUUUAUAUUUUUUACCCAAGAUUAAAUCUGUAAAUUGUUUUUUAAUAUGGUCAACAUCAAGGUGGAUUUUAGUUCAAAAGAGGUGAAAUUCCUGAAAAACGGUUAUUCUAACAUUAAAAUUUAUACAUUUUUGUUGUUAACAGUGAUGUUAUUUUGUUAAAGAAUCAUGUGAAGCCGGGAAUAUUCAACAAAUAUUUAUUAUUUCGUUAUUGUUAUACAAAUUAAAUUUGUUCAUUACAUAAAUAAUCUACUCUUUA